AUGAUGGAAUACACCAUGCCGCUGGUAGAGAUGCUGGCUGACUUCUACAACCAACUGAAGUCCCGCACCCAAGGCUAUGCUUCGCUGGACUAUACAUUCAUUGGUUACAGCAAGGCGCCACUGGUCAAGGUGGACGUGCUGGUCAAUCACAUGCCUGUCGAGGCGCUGUCGAUGAUCCUGCACCGGGACCAGGCCGUGAACCAGGGCCGGCGGGUGGUUGAGAAGCUACGCACCACCAUCCCGCGCCAGCUCUUCGAGGUGCCGAUCCAGGCUGCGAUUGGCAGCCGGAUUAUUGCCCGAGAGACCGUGCGGGCCAUGCGCAAGGACGUGCUGGCCAAGUGCUACGGUGGCGAUAUCACCCGCAAGCGCAAGCUGCUGGAGCGCCAGAAAGAGGGCAAGAAGCGCCUCAAGAUGGUGGGCCAGGUGGAGAUCCCGCAGGAGGCGUUCCUCACGCUGCUUGAGGUCGGUGGCGAUGGCUAG